CCUGGCCUGUCUCUGCCACUCGCUGCACUUUGCCAAGCGCCUGCUGGAGACGGUCUUUGUCCACCGCUUCUCGCACGGAACGAUGCCUCUACGGAACAUCUUCAAGAACUGCUUCUACUACUGGGGCUUCGCUGCUUACCUGGCCUACUACAUCAACCAUCCUCUGUACAGCCCCCCCAUGUACAAGGAGAAGCAGGUCUUCCUGGGUUUCAUCACAUUCCUGAUUUGUGAGUUGGGAAACUUUUCAAUCCACCUGGCACUGAGAAACCUCCGCCCGGCUGGAUCUAAGGCUCGCAAGAUCCCAUACCCCACGAGGAAUCCAUUCACCUGGCUGUUCAAGCUCGUGUCCUGCCCCAACUACACAUACGAGGUUGGGGCCUGGCUCAGCUUCACCAUCAUGACCCAGACACUCGCAGGAGCUCUCUUCACCCUUGUCGGCUUCCUGCAAAUGUCGGUGUGGGCACUCGGCAAACACCGCAGCUACAAGCGCGACUUCAGCCCCCAGUACCCACGCGUGCGAACCGCCAUUCUGCCCUUCCUGCUCUAGGCCAGAGGCCUGUCCCGCUACGUCUAGACCAGGUCUCCCGCUACGUCUAGACCAGGUCUCCCGCUACGUCUAGACCCCAGGUCUCCCUCUGCGUCUCUGUCUCUGUCUCUCUGUCUCUAUUCUCCCCUUCCUGCUCUAGGCCAGAGGCCUCUCCCGCUACGUCUAGACCCCAGGUCUCCCGCUACGUCUAGACCCCAGGUCUCCCGCUACAUCUAGACCAGGUCUCCCGCUACGUCUAGACCAGGUCUCCCGCUACGUCUAGACCCCAGGUCUCUGUGUCUCUGUGUGUCUCUCUGUCUCUGUGUGUCUCUGUGUCUCUAUCCUCCCCUUCCUGCUCUAGGCUAGAGGCCUGUCCCACUACGUCUAGACCCCAGGUCUUCCCCGCGACUCUAGACCAGAUUUGUAUACAGAGUCGUACAUUUUCAUUUUCUGUAAAUCGAGACAUCUUUGUCUCUCUGUCUCAGUUUCUCUGUGUGUCUGUCUCUGUCUCUGUGUGUCUCUCUGUGUCUCUCUCUGUCUCUGUGUCUCUGUUUCUCUCAGUCUCUCUCUGUCCCUGUCUCUCUCUGUCUCUCCCUGAGUCUCUGUGUCUCUCUCUCUCUGUCUCUCUCGCUGUCU